UCACACACCCUGCCGCUUGCCGUCCACAAAGUCGCCCUCAUACACGAGACACAUCUUGGUCUCGUACUGGCGCCGCUUGUUGACAACUUGGGAGGGCGCGUAUUCUUUGCCUUUGCCGUGAUAUUUGCCGUCGCUCCACUCGCCCUCGUACACCGGCUGGCCGUCAUGCCUGAGCUCUCUCCCACCCUGGCGGUGUGGCUUGCCGUCGCGGGUCGGGCCUUGAUAGUAGUUCUGUUUCCACUGCAUGUACACCGCCACGCCAGUUCCCUUCUUCUCUCCAUCUACCCAGCCGCCCUCGUACGCCUUCACCAUGAACCCGUUCAUGGCUUGGUAUUCGGUGCCCUUUUGUCCCUCUCGUUUGCCGCCCGCAAAGUCGCCCUCAUACACGAGACAGAUCUUGGUCUCGUACUGGCGCUCCUGGUUGAGAACUUGGCAGGGCGCGUAUUCUUUGCCCUUGCCGUGAUAUUUGCCGUCCUUCCACUCGCCCUCAUAUAGCUUCUCCUCGCCGUCCAGCGACCGCAGCAGCCCCGUGCCGUGGGGCACCUCCGUGCCGCCAACUUUGCGGAUGGUGCCGUGGUAGAGGCUGCCGUCAUGCACAAUCGUACGGGCCACACGGCUGUGGGCCUCGUCGUCGGCUGCAGCCUUAGCCUCAGCCUGCGGAGAAAGAGCCACAAACUCGUUUCCUUUUGUGUGCUCGUGUCCAUCAGCUGUCCGCGUCCCUGUUCCUGUACCUCUUCACAUCGGCGUUUCCACUCAUCCCUCUCUCUUUUGUAUUCGUCGCGUUGGCUCUCGAGUUCUUUGAUGCGUUUGUCGCUCUGCUGUCGUUCCCUGUCCAUCGCGCGGCGCAUGUCGUCCAUCAUAUUCUGCAGCAUCUCGCCCGUCACCGACUCGAGCGUCGAGGGGGCCUGCGACCGCCCGUCAGCCAUGACGGUCCCGUGACACUCACUGCCAGCCAUCAAACAGAAGAGAGUCAGGUCAGGCGCAUGGCACGACAGCAGAGGCUGGUGGGGCCUACCUUAAAAGAACCUCUCGCGGCCUCUUUGCGAUGUCGUUCGAGUCGUCUGCGAGCUCAGCGUCUCCCUUUCACUUCUGGCUGUCUCGUGAGCGCGGCAGCAAUGAGAAACGCUGGAAGGGAAAUCGAAUCGAAUGCAGCAACACACUCAUGGAAAUACAUGGAAAUGGAUCUGUGGCAGCUGAACUGCCGGUGGACUCAGUUCUCACAAAGUCUUCGUUCGUCUGUUUGUACCGACACUCUCCACUCAGCAAACACAACAGGCAACACAAGUCAUCCUAUCCCUCACAAAUGGCAGACACAUCACAUCCAACAAAGAACUAAUGCGGGCGAGGGUACUGAUAAUCCUCGAGUCGGAUCACUUGGUCGGGCCUCGUAGUGAUGAACUCCAAUCCAUUGCGUCUCUGCAGAAUCAAGCUGUCAAACUGCCCUCGACUAGGAGAGGUGAAGGUGUACUCGGAUGAGAGGGACUCGCUCUUCGGAAGGUCACGGGGCUUGCGUGUGAAGAUCUCCUUCACGCGACCCAGCUUCAGCUCCACCUUCACCAUCCACCCGUACCGCAUCGCCUUUCCAGAUGCGAUCUCCUCUGUCGAUGCCGUGUAGAAUCCACGCAGACCGGCGCAUUCAGGAAGGCCUUGAAUGUCAAGUGGUCGGCAGCGUGCGGGAUCGAUUCCAAUCGAUGAAAUGUUGUUGGCGGACCAUUGGUCGGUUUGGUGGUAGGCGACGAGACCGCCAGACUUGCCGCUUUGAGCCAUCAGAUCUCGCAGCUGCUCCUCCAGCUCUUGCUGAUGCUGCAGCGCCUGUCGCUUCUGCACGGUCAAACGCUCCAGGCUCUCGAUGAGGGACUGCUUCUCGGCUGUCAAUCCAUGGGUGCUGACGUGCAGCGCUUGCUGUCUUGCCUGGAGGGCCGUCUUCUCUUGCCGAUACCGGUUAAUGUCAUCAUUGAGCGCGCUGAUCUCCGCCCGACGCUGCUCGUUGCGCGCGCCCUGCUGAAGCAGCUCGUCGACGAUGAUCACGUUCUCAUCCGUCUGCUUCUGGAUAGCAUCUUCAAGAGACUGCUUCUUGCCCCUGAGCACGUUGAUUUCAUCCUCCAGCUGCGCGUGGAGUUGGAUGUACAUCUCCCGCUGUCGCUCCUGCGCUCGCAUCUCCUCCUCGUGGUCGCGGCUCUCAGCGAAGCGCCUCUCCUUGUCAGCAAACUCGCAGCUGCUUUCCCUCACCAUAGACUGAUAGCCGAGCAGAACCCUCAU